AUGCCAAUUAUUUCGCCUAAAAUUCCUUCGGGAUUAGAAGAGCUUAUGAAAGGACUUGCAAAAAGUGUUAUUAAAGAAAAUCCUCAAAACAUUUACGAGUUUGCUGCUGAAUAUUUUGAAAAUCUUCUAAAGAAACGAGAUGGACCGGUUGAUCAAAGUUAUAAGGAUUUUGCAACUUAUAAAGUUUAUAGAAAGAAUAAAAGCGAACGAUUUAUGAUCGAAAAGGAAAACUUGAAUGACGUCAUCGCAUAUAAAAGAAAUUUAAAUUCUGUCAAUUAUGAUGAUUCAAAUGUUAUUCAAAACAAAACAAAAUCUACUGAGGAAGGGAUCAUAGUUGAAUCGAAUCAUUCUAUCCAAUCUACACAUAAAUCUUUCAAAACAGACACUCAGGAAUCAGAAAAUAAUGAAUCGAUCAAAAAAGAAAAAUCGAUCGAAGUUCACAGUGAAGCGAAAACCCAUGUAAAUGACGAUAUAAAAAACAUUGUGCUUGACAAUGAUAUGGAACAAGCAGCUCUGAAAAUUCAAUCUACCUUUCGUGAAUUUAAAGGUCGCAAAGAAAAAAGAAGGAAAACAUUGGAAGGUGGAAAAAUAGGAGACAAAGAUGAAGUUGAUGAUGAGACUGAUGACCAAGGAAAUGAUUUUAACGGGAGUAAUUUUAAAAUAGUUGAAGUUGAAAAGGAAGAAAAUCCUAAAAUUGAAAAAGAAAAUCUUUUGAAUGAAGGAAAAUCUGAAGCAGAUGAUGUUUCAAAAAUGAUUUUCGACGAUGAUAUGGAACAAGCUGCACUUAAAAUUCAGUCAACAUUCCGAGGUGAAAAUUUGGGACAUAAAAAUUCUAUUUGCAAUUUACAACAAGCAAAUACAAAAGAAUUUGAAAUUCAAGAAAGAAGCUACGAAGAUAAUUCAAUUGCAAUUCAAAAGAGCGUUGAUUUAGAAACAGAAGCUAUCAAAACUUUGACCGAAGAAGAAUAUAAACCUGAACAUGAUGAGAACACUUUUCAAACAAACUUUUUAUUAGAACAGCAGCUACAAGGUAACGAUAAAAAUUCUGUUGUUGAAGUAACAGAAGAAACAUUUAUGGAAAAAAACGUUAGCGAUACAUCUGCGUUACCAGAUAAGAAUGAUAUGGAAACGAAAGCAGAAACGCUCAAUGAUAUUGAAUUGUUAAAUAUUACAAGUGAAGUGCCCGCUGUUGAAACUGUGAAACAAUCAUCAAUCGAUGAAACAGUUGUUGUUGAAGAUCAAAAAGAAGUCAAAGCUUUGAACAUCGAUUCCGUAAAAGAUAAACUUGAACAAGCUUUCAAUGAAGUUCACGAUUUUUUUGAAGCUGAGAAAGUGACCCAAACUUUGAACACACACUCAAGAAAAGAAAAAAUCGUUCAAGGUUUGGAUGAAAUCGAAAGUUCUAUUCAAGAUGAAAAAGUCGCAAAAACUUUAAAAACUAAGUCAGAACAAUAUGAAGCUGAACAAAUUUUAGAAAAAGUUGAAUGCUUUAUUGAAGCUGAAAAAGUCACAGAAACUCAACAUGAUUUCCAGAAAGCUGAUGUUUCUGUGGAAGUUGGAAAAGUCACAGAAAAUAUAGACACCCUGCAAGAAAUAAAUGAAGCAGAACGAACUUUGACACAAGUUGAAGAAUCACUCGAAACUGAAGAAGCCCCCAAAACUUUAAAUGUCCAAGGAGAUAAAGAUGAAAUCAAACAAUCUUUAGAUAAGGUCAACUCUUCUUUUGAAAUUGAAAAAAAUGCAGAAACUCUUCACAUCUCACCAGAACAAGAUUUGGACGAAGUUAAUAAAUCUGUUGCAGCUGAGAAAUACACAGAAACUAUGAAUACCCAAUCGAAAGAAAAUAAUGUCGCAGCCCACAUUGAACAAGAAACAACCCAUAAAUCAAAAAAUUCUUCCAUAAAAUCUUUUCCAGAUCUUGAAUGUACUAUAAUUAAAAGCUCGACAGAGUCUCAAGAGCUUUCGAAGAAUUUAAAUAUAUCUGAAAGCCUCAUUGAUAACCUAAAUUCUGAAGCAUUUAUUAACAACCAAAUCAACAAUAUAUCUGAAAAUUUUGAUGUGGUUUCCAGUCAAGAUGCUACUAUUGUUGAUCCUGAGAAAAGUUUGGAAUCUUUUGAUGCAGAAAACAUUUCAAUUUUUGCCACAAAUAUUUCUGAUUCCACAAAUUUUCCCAUUGAAAUUCAAGAUAGCAAAAUUAUUUCAGAUAAAGUUGAAACAAGUUCAGAAAUCAAUGGAACUGAAAAAGUUAAUAUUGAUGAAUUUAUUGAGUUGGAAAAUGUUAUAUCUGAAGACGUUAAAAAUAAAAGUUAUGAUGAAAAUCUUCUGCUUAUUAACGAUAAUAUAACCACUAAAGAGACUCAAAAUUAUUCGAGUAAAAAUAAAAAAGAAAAAUUGAAUGUUAAAGACGAGUUCCCAGUAGAAACAUUUACGGUUGAAACGAAAGCUUCGGAAGUAAUUAAAUUACAUGAUAAUGUACAUAGCAUUGGUGUUAGUAAAAAUUUGGAAGAUAAUAUAGACUCUAAUGAUAUAAAAAAGGUUGAUCAAACUGCCAAUGUUAUUAUACAAGAAAAUACCGAUGAAUUACAAACAAAUAACAAAGCAAAUGCAGGUGACGUAAAGAUCGAUGACGUUCCUGUUAACGAGCCAAUCUGCAAAAAGAAAUUGAUAUCAUUGUUGGAACCUGACCAAGAUGAUGAUGAUGAGAAAAAAACCAUUACCGAUAAGGAUAAUGAGAUUUUAUCAAAUGAAAUUAAAUAUGCGAAAUUGGAAGAAUCUCUUUCCGGAGCGGAUAUAAUCACAGGGGAGUCGUUUGAUGAAGGUGAUUAUUAUUCUCAAUUAAUUAAUAACGAAAGCUCAACUAAUGAAGAAGCAUCACAUUUAAAUCAGCAAUCGUAUGAUGAAGCGUCACACAAGGACACUGUCUUAGUUACGUCAUCACCAGAUGAUGAAAAAAAUGAUAUUAAUUUUAUAAAGGAUUCAAAUGCAGAUCAACGAAUUCAAACAACCUCUAAUGAAAUUCAAACUUAUAUCUCAGAAAUCAAUGUAAUAAAAGAAAAUGUGAAAGAUGCUAUUGAUGUGAUUGCGAGUGAUAAUAGUAAUGUUAUUCAGAAAGAUAUAAUAUCUCAAAAAGAAAUCAUUAAUGAUCAUGUAUUCGAACCGAAAUUGAUUGUGGAAAAUCCGAUUUCUGAGAUUACAGCAUCAGAAUUAAUAGAUCUAAAUAAAGAAAUUGUAAAUGUAAAUCGAGAUGAACUUGAAGCAAUAAAAGAUGAAAUUCUUCAACCCGAAAGUGAACAAUCUGAAAUUCCCGAUGAAAAGACAAAUGCACCAGAAGAUGAGAACGUUCCGAUAAUUUCUAUGGAUGAAAAAAGUUUACCGACCGAAAAUGAAAAAAAUGUUUCUCCAGAAAAUGAAUUUAAUGUAAAAGUGGAUGAACCCAAAGUGGAAGACGAUGUUAAUGAUAUGAUUAUCAACGAAAAUAUGGAAAAUACUACUUUGAAAAUUGAGGAAGAUUUUAGUGUUCACAAAGUUGACAAUGAUAUCUUAAAACAAUAUUCAGAGUCAGAAAAAGAUUCAGAACAGCACAACAAGGAAAUUGAGGCUAUUAGAACUGUG